AUGGACAAGCACCCUCAAGGCAGUUACACAGGGCUUAUCACUGACGGGCAGUACUCGGAAUGGUUUGACGUCGGCCAAGGUCUCCGACAGGGGUGCAACCUGGCCCCGCUGCUGUUCAACUUGUUCUCUGCCGCGAUGCGCAUGGUCGCAGUGACCGAGUUCGACAAGGACCCCAAGGUGACGGCGGAUAUGAUCAAGAUCGCAACACGAGUGGAGUGCACGGGCAAGAGGGGCAGGUCGGCGGGGAAGAAGGCGAUGAUGGUGACGGUCGCAGAGGCCCUGUGGGACAUGCUCUACGCUGACGACGCGGCCAUCGUCUCGCUCACGCCGGAGAGCCUCGAAA